AUGUCUUCCUUUUCAGUUCGUUUCUUUACGCCACAAGCGCUUCCUUCCACCACUUCCUCUGUCAGGCCCAGAACAUGGGUUCUCGCCGCUCCCACGUCGGCUCCUGCGGCUUCGGUGGAUGUCGACGCCGCGAGGUUGCAACCCCGAGUGGAAGAAAGAGAUGGUUACUUCGUGUUGAAAGAGAAGUUCAGAGAAGGCAUCAACCCCCAAGAGAAAGUCAAGAUUGAGAAAGACCCUUUGAAGCUUUUCAUGGAAGGAGGGAUUGAUGAGCUUGCGAACAUGUCGCUUGAGGAGAUUGAGAAAUCUAAGCACACAAAGGAUGAUAUUGAUGUUAGACUCAAAUGGCUCGGUUUGUUCCAUCGCAGGAAGCAUCAAUAUGGAAGAUUUAUGAUGAGAUUGAAGCUACCAAAUGGAGUAACCACGAGUGCUCAAACACGGUACCUAGCUAGCGUGAUCAGGAAAUACGGGAAAGAAGGGUGUGCCGACGUUACGACCAGGCAAAACUGGCAAAUCCGUGGGGUCGUGUUACCCGAUGUGCCGGAAAUACUCAAAGGUCUAGAAGAAGUAGGCUUGACAAGUCUGCAAAGUGGCAUGGACAAUGUGAGGAACCCUGUUGGCAACCCUCUCGCCGGCAUAGACCCCGAAGAGAUCGUCGAUACACGACCUUACACGAACUUGUUAUCGCAAUUCAUUACCGCCAAUUCCCGUGGCAAUCCGGCCUUUGCCAACUUGCCUAGGAAAUGGAAUGCUUGUGUGGUGGGGUCUCAUGAUCUUUACGAACAUCCCCACAUCAACGAUCUUGCUUACAUGCCGGCCACAAAAGACGGACGAUUCGGGUUCAAUUUACUGGUUGGUGGGUUCUUCAGCGGCAAGAGAUGUGAUGAGGCCAUUCCUCUUGAUGUUUGGAUCCCUGCUGAUGAUGUGAUCCCAUUGUGCAAAGCUAUGUUGGAAGCCUUUAGGGAUCUUGGUUUCAGGGGCAAUAGACAAAAGACAAGAAUGAUGUGGCUGAUUGAUGAACUAGGCCUUGAAGUAUUUAGAUCGGAGGUAGCCAAAAGAAUGCCUCAAAAAGAGUUAGAGAGAGCAUCUCCUGAAGAUUUAGUUCAAAAGCAUUGGGAAAGGAGAGACUACUUUGGUGUCCAUCCACAGAAACAAGAAGGUUUCAGCUACGUCGGUAUUCACAUUCCAGUUGGUCGAGUACAAGCCGACGACAUGGAUGAACUAGCUCAGUUAGCCGACACAUACGGCUCGGGCGAACUCAGACUCACUGUGGAACAAAACAUCAUAAUCCCGAACGUCAAGAACUCGAAAAUAGAAGCAUUGCUUAACGAGCCUCUAUUGAAAGACCAGUUUUUGCCCGAACCGAGCAUUCUCAUGAAAGGGCUAGUUGCUUGUACAGGGAACCAGUUCUGUGGACAAGCCAUUAUCGAGACAAAGGCUAGGGCCUUGAAGGUAACAGAGGAGGUGGAAAGGCUAGUGUCGGUAACCCGGCCGGUGAGGAUGCAUUGGACCGGUUGCCCCAAUUCAUGCGGACAGGUUCAAGUUGCCGACAUAGGUUUCAUGGGGUGCAUGGCAAGGGAUGAGAAUGGGAAGCCAUGUGAAGGAGCAGAUAUAUUCUUGGGAGGGAGAAUUGGGAGUGACUCACAUUUGGGACAAAUCUAUAAGAAGGCUGUUCCUUGCAAGGACUUGGUACCUGUAGUUGCUGAUAUUUUGGUGGAACAAUUUGGAGCUGUCCCUAGAGAGAGGGAAGAAGGGGAAGAUUGAAUCAAAAUCAAGUUUGUUCAUUACUUUUUUAAAUUUGUUUUUUUUAAAGCAAGCUUUGCCUGGAAGAAAAAAUGGAGCUUUUAAA